GAAUUAACGGAUCCGUCCAGACUCCCGCCGCAUCCAACCGUCGAACCUUCUUGUAUAUUUGCUUUACUCCCCAAGAGCGGAUGGGGCAGAGGCGAAGAUGAAGACCCAGUUAUGAGAAAUUGUGUGAUGUGAAACCCUUGAAACGAUGUCGAAGCGAGGAGGAGUAGGAAACAACCAGGCCAUCACCGAUCGCCUCCUUACCUGCCACCAACGCCUUUACAGUUCUCUCAAUUUUGGAUUCAGAAGUUCUUAUGAUGACAAAGAAAGGAAAUGGCGGUGCCCAGAUAUUGAGAUGCAGAAGCAUGUAUUGCACUCUAUUGGUGCAUUUCUUGGAUUUAUUUCAGCAGACACUUGUCAACAUCCACUUGUAAAGGAUUCGGUUGCUGAUAUGAUUAAGGCAUUGGAAGGAAUUCUUCAAUGCAACAGUGAAGGUGUAUUAAUCAUUGCAGCAAAGGUUGCAUUGAAGUUAGUCCGGGACUUGCCCAGUUCAAUGCUGCAAUCUCAUGUGUUACAUCUUAUUCAGCCUUUUUCAUCUUUAUUAUCUUCUCAUCAAGUAAAAGUUGCUUCCCGGUGUGCAAAUGGUUUGAAUCAUAUCCUACCAUAUCUGAGUUUAAAGAAGGAUGGAGUUAUUUGGGAGAUAUUGAAAGAAACAAAUGCAGUUAUUCAUGUUAUCAAUAAUAUACAAAAAUUUUCCAGAGGAAUGGAAUCAAUUAAAUAUUUCCAACGGAUGGCUUCUCUUCUAAGGAGGAUAUUGUGGCAGUGGCCGCCCUCUCGCUAUCAUGUAUGGAAUGAUGCUGAGUUGUUGAGGGUUUUGGAGGUUAUACGUGUAAAUCCUGAUUCUUCUGUUAAAGUUGCAGUUUUGCAAUUGUAUUCUGCUUUAGCUUUAUGUGGUAAUGGGGCUGAGAGGCUUCUAGAAAAUGGAGAAAACCUUAUAAAAAUGGUGGUGCAGUGCAUGGACAGCACACAACCUCCUUCUGUUCGGAUAGAGGCAUUUAAACUCGCUCGGUUGUUGGCGAUGAGUGGACAAAGGUGUUCAAAAAUGAUGAGAUUGUGUUGUGAGCCCAUUGUCCAAGCCAUAAUUUGUGGACUGAGGGGAUGCAGCUUGUCAGAUAGACAGAUUGCUAAAGACCAGAUUUCUUUGUUAGUGGAGGCAGGUCAUUUGGCUCUGAUUACUCGUUGGGCAGGGGAGCAUCACAUUUAUUUUUGGAAGCUAGGAAUUGACAGAGUUCUAUCUACCCUUCUUCUAAGCAAAUCUCAUAAAGCUCAACCGCCUCAACAUUCCUUGUCAUUGAAAGAACUGAGAGCCAUAACAGAUGAGGGUCCUGCAUUCAUCUGGGAUAUUAUUGGGGGGCUUGUAACCCACUGUGGGGAAGAUUUCAAUCCUGAGAUGAAUGGCAGUGACGUUUUCAUCGGCAUCCUUAUUGGUUGUGCAUGCUUGACCUUUGUGGACUCAGUUCAUCAAAGUAGUCAGAUUUAUCAAGAUGCUGCCAACAAUAUCAGUGGCCGUUCAGCAUCUAGAGCAGUUCUGAUGAUGAUUUAUUCUCCCUGCAAAUACAUUGCAUCACAGGCCCGAUCCAAAUUGUCUGAGGCUCUAAAGCCAGAAGGAAAGCGUUAUCUAAAAUCCUUGAUGGAUUACCUAUGCUAUGUCUCAUCCAGGGAUGAGUUUGGAAGACCAGAUGAACGCACUUUCUUUAGCAUAGUGGGAUUGACGUGUUAUUCGGGUUUGCCACAGUAUCGAAAGUAUGUUUUACAGAGUGAAGGGAUAAAAAUGCUGCUGGCCUUUAUAAAGCAGUGCUUAAAAAAUGAUUUCCAUUUGGGAAGGCUAAGUUUUGCCUCUAAUUCACAAAAUAUGUUCAGUAGCUGGACAUGUUGCCAGACAUGUGCAGAAGAUUGGGAUGGCGGAGGCAUUCUUGUGCUUUUUGGUCUGUGGGGACUAGCUGAAUUGAUCCACAAUUCUGGUCCCAUGAGAAAUCACCCUGAUUUAUUUUGUGGUCAGAUGGAAUAUACUGAAGCUCAAUUCAUUAAUAAACUCCAAGAGAUCUGCAGUGAUACUUCUAUUCCUGGGCUAAGAUGGUAUGCUGCAUACCUUCUUAGUUAUUUUGGAGUGUAUGGUUUUCCAAGUAGACUUGGAAAAAGGAUUGGGAACGCAUUUGGUGAAAAGGAAAAUGCAGAUAUGCAACUCAUUCUUAAAAAUGGAGAAUCUGUGAGCAUUCAUGGUGUUGUUCUUAUGGUCCAAUGUCCAUCAUUGCUGCAGACUGUGGAGCUGCCUCUUGAUAAGGGAAGUUCUGAGGGUUCUCCAGUUAGACAAUAUACAGAGUUGACGAAAAAGUUCAAGAAAGAAGUUCAUUUAUCUUCUCAUGUACAUCACCUGCCAUUAGUGAAGCUAUUGGAAUUUAUUUACUUGGGAUAUUUACAAGCAGGAGAAGACCUUUUGAAGUCAUUGAAAAGUUUUGCUAAACAUUGCAAACUGCAACCUCUACUACAAAUGCUUCAUAGAAAUCGUCCAAAGUGGGGCAUGGCUUUUCCUGGAUUGGAUCUUGCUCUUGCACUCAAUUCUGAUGGGCAUACUUUUUCGGAUGUUGCCUUGGAAGCUGAAGCAACUGAAGUGAUGCAGUGGACAUGCAAAUUCUGCCCUGUUUUAGUGCCUCAUAUGCAUGUCCACAAAGUCAUAUUGUGGUCAAGUUGUGAUUAUUUCCGGGCCAUGUUCCGGUCAGGGAUGCAGGAGAGCCGUUCCCCCUUCAUAAAGGUCCCUGUUAGUUGGGAGGCAUUGGUUAAACUAGUGGACUGGUUGUAUUCUGAUAAACUGCCAACACUCGUCACUGGCUGUUUAUGGGAUAACAUGGAUGAAAGGAAAAAGCUAAAGGAGCUACAACCGUACUUGGAGCUUUGUUGGCUUGCAGACUAUUGGUUAUUGGACGAUAUUCAGGAACACUGCUCAAGAGUGAUCAACUCUUGCCUGGAUUCUUCUGGAAACUUGUCUCUUGAAGUACUCCAGAUAGCUGCUAGGCUCUCCCUGUGGAAGUUGGCUGAGACUGCAGUAAAUCGCUUAGGCCCUUCUUAUAGCCGUCUCCGCCUCACUGGUGAAAUUGAAAAGCUGGAUAAAGACCUUGCUGACAUGGUUCGUGUUGCCUCUGUUCGACAUUCCCAGGAUUCAACCAAAUGCAAGUUAGAAGAGUAAAAGGAGACAACAGGCAAGUUAUAGUAACUAUUUGUGCAUACACCAUACAUUUUAUAGGAUUGAACCUAGCUUUGGAACAUCGAAACUGUUUGCAACCUAGUUCCACCACUGAAUGUAUUUUCUGUAUCUUUCAAGAGGAUUGAACCUAGCUUUGUUAAUACACCAUACAUUUUAUAGGAUUGAACCUAGCUUUGGAACUUUGAAACUGUUUGCAACCUAGUUCCACCACUGAAUGUAUUCUCUGUAUCUUUCAAGAGGUGUUGAAUGAAAGCCACUACCAAUAGACAAAAUGUUGAAGGAAGCCAAUACAAGAUUUUCUUUGGCUGCA